AUGCAUGAGUACGUGAUCCAAAAAGAGAAGCUACUACAUUUUUCCCGUCAACAAUCAUCGUCGCUGAAAUACCCACCAACACCGCAACAGCCUGACGAAGCAACCUUCACGCAACCCGUGCCGACGACUCUCGUGGUCAACCGUCCGCUACCGCAUCCGAAAGCUCCAUCUCCAUGUCACACUCGCAGCACACUGCUCCUCCGUGACCCCCACACAGCCCUCCUCUCAGAUCCAGCCGGGCCAGCCCUCCGUCCAGAUCGUCGUCAUUACCUGGCAACACCACUGAUCCCGCCAUUGUUUGCCACGCGCCUCCCAAAACCAAAACCGACCGCGAUUCCGCAUAGCAAACAAUACCAGAAGUUGCUCCUCCUUCGGAUUCAUCAUCUUCAUUGA